UGGGGAAUUUGGGGCUCCGGGUGUGACCCCGCGGGUCAGGCACGCCCGAUCCUCGCACUCCCCAACCCGGAGGAGCCCGGGCUGCAGAGAACCGCCCCGAGCUGCUUUCACACGCCUCGGGUACGGGCAGACUCUCACCUCGGGCCCGGCAGCGUCCAGGUCCUGCAGCUUCCCCCGGCCUUGAAUCCCUUCCCAGACCCCGAAACUCUCCCCCAGGUCUCCAGAACCCCCUGAAUCCGCUGCAGGGUGUGGCUCCACCAUGUUCGGCUCCUCCCGGGGCGGGGUCCGGGGGGGCCAGGACCAGUUCAGCUGGGAGGAUGUCAAGACAGACAAACAGCGUGAAAAUUACCUGGGGAACUCCCUGAUGGCGCCGGUGGGGCGGUGGCAGAAGGGCAAGGACCUGACCUGGUAUGCCAAGGGCAAGAAGGACACGGGGCCCCCGUUAUCCCGGGAGGAGGAGCUGGCUGCAGUCCGCCUGGCCGAGCAGGAGGCCAUGAUGGCAGCACUGGGCUACAAGAGCUUGAAGAGGCAGCCCACGGGCCUCAGCAAAGAGGACCUGGCUGAGGUGUGCAAGAGGGACGGCGGUGAGCGGGAUGAGAAGGACGUGGAUCGGGUGGUGGGUUUGGGCAGCUCCAGUGGCAGUGCUGGCAGGGUGAUGCUCUCCAAGGAGGACAGGGAGGCUGCCAAGAUGGGGCUCUCGGUCUUCACGCACCAGAAAGUCUCCAGCAGCCCAGAGACAUCUGUCUCCAAGAAGAAGCAGGAAAAGGAGAAGGUGGAGGAGAAAGGACCUGAGAGCAGCAAAAAAUCCAAAAAGGAGAAGAAGAAGGAGAAAAAGAACAAGAAAAAGAAGAAACACAAGAAGGAGAAGAAGAAGGACAAGGAGAAGCAUUCCAAGAAAGAUGCUGCCCCAUCAUCCUCUGAUUCUUCCCCGGAUCGGGAUAAGAGGCACCACCGCAGGAAAACACCGCAGCAGCAGCACGGCCGGCGGCGGCACCGCACGGAAUCCGACACGGAAUCCUCGAGCAGCGGCAGCCGCAGCAGGGACGGCCGCGGCCGCCACCCGUCCCCGCGGAGGAGGGGCAGGAAGAGGAGCAGGUCCCGCUCCGCCCCGGCCCGCGGGCUCCGGCAGCGCCGCGACACCGACUCGGAGGACUGAGAGGGAGCUGGGCUUGCUUCAGGGACAGAUAGCAGAGACUGAUUUAUUUUUUAAGUGAUGAAAUGAAAAACGCUGCAGCCCCGCGGGUGCCGGGGCAGUGUGUGUGGCAAAGGGCAUCGAGGCUGUGGUGGCAGCAGCCCCUUCCCUGCCCGGCCAGGGGCAGCAGCAGCGGCUGUGGGGGCAGCAGGGCGCCCUCCUCAUCACCCCUAAACUCCAUCCAGGCAGGAUUGAGCACGGAGGGUGCUGUGGCUGAGGGCUGCUGCUGGGGUGCUGACAAUGCUGUGGAUACCUCGUGUUUAUGGAUAGACACUUUGGAAGAGAUUAUUAUUAUUAUUUAUUGUUGUUAUUAUGAUGGGGUUUUGUCCUCUUUCUCUGCC